AUGAAGAGUAAUGUUUAUGUGGGGCUCAAACCUUUAUUAGGAUCAGCAACAAUAGGGGGCGAUCUGAGCGAAGACCGGUAUGAUUAUGUCCUGCAUCCUGUGAGCAAUAGUAGAUAUCGCGAUCGUGUCAAAGUUGCACUUCACCAGCAUCAUCAACAACCGCUUGAUGGGACAAGAGAGGCACUAACAGUACCCCAACUGCAAUUGCAAGAUCUAUCUGUGCCCCCAAAAUCUCCAGAAGGUGCCGCACCGGACUGUAUUGGGCUGCUGGCCUCGUGGGUAGACAUGGAGAGCGCAGACGUUGAUGUACAGGAACUCAGCUUUCAAGUGCUGGCAAAUGAGCACAAUUACGCAGCGUUUGUUGGGAUCAAACAGCUCAUUUUGGCGCCACCUAAAAAUUUGGCAAGCAUCAACCGGUAUGCGCUCAUGGUCGCACGUCUUCUCUCUUUAAGGGACAGCAAUCUCAAUUGUGGUAGCGGUGAAAACCCUGUACUGUCAAUUUCCUUGCCAUUUUUCGAAGACUCUGACCCACUUUCGACAUGGGAAUUAUGGUGUACCGUCCGCAAAAUUUGUGGAUACCAUUCAAAUUUGACCGUAUCGCUGGCUCUACCGCGAGAUAGAGUUCCCUCUUAUGUGUUACAAAGGUGGCUUGCAGAACCAGUUACGUGCCUCUUGGUCUCUUCAUCAAUAUUUGCGACAAAUCAGUACAACUACCCCGUUCUCAACAAAUUUAACCAGCAGAUCAUUUUCGAAUUUCAAAAAAUCAACGGUAGUUCUCAGACCAAAUUAUCGGAACUGUGCGUCAUUCUUCAUGGCGUCGAGAAAUAUGGGUUUCAAGUCAAAGGUGGUGAAGUAGCGUACCUGGAGUACAUCAACUAUCUUCUCAAACGGGGUGACAAGCUUAUAUUGGCGAACCCCAACAUGCAUAAAUUUUCGGAGCCGCGGCUAAUGCCACCGUUGGACCCAUUUUCUACUGACAUAUCAAACGCUGUUUACCAUACUUUUGAACAAGAUAGAACCAAAUACCAAAUGUACGGCAAAGCCAUCAAAAGAGCGCUCAAGAGACUGAUUACAGAUGGCAUAAUGGGGAGCAAAAGGGACUCUCCACUAGUCGUUUUGAUUGCCGGCGCGGGAAGAGGUCCCCUGGUUGAUGAAGCAUAUACGGCUAUAAUGGAGUUGAGAGUCCCUCACUAUCGCAUAAUUGCCUUAGAAAAGAGUUCACGGGCAGCGCUUUACUUGCAAAAAAGGAAGCAUGAAUACUGGAAGGAUUCUGUGGAGCUUGUCAAAGACGAUGCUUGCUCGUGGAGAAGCGAACUCAAGGUCGAUUUGUGUAUCAGUGAGCUGCUCGGUUCGUUCGGUUGUAACGAGCUCGCCCCAGAAUCUUUACUAAAUGUGGAGAAACACAGUUGUAAGAAGACAACUAUUUUCAUACCGCAAAGCUUUUCCUCUUACGUGGCACCUAUUUCAGCACCAUUGCUAUAUCAAACUCUGACCACAAUUAAUGUUCCCAAUGCUUUCGAAAAGCCCUGGAUCGUUCAUAACAUCCCCCAUUGCAUUACUUCUACCAAAUUGAACGAGAUUUGGUCAUUUCACCAUCCAGUAGCAGGCUCAAAGUUGACUAAAUCUGCAGUGACAGAAUUCAAAAUAAAAAAUAAGUGCGAAAUACACGCUUUAAUAGGGUUGUUCAAGGCCACUCUUUUUGAUGAUAUCUGCCUAUCCAUUCUACCAGACGGCUCGACCGUUAAAAUGGCGGAGCCUAUCAAAGGGGUGGAUGGUAGUGCUGGUUUAUAUGUCAAAGGUGAGCACACUCCGGAUAUGAUGUCGUGGUCGCCCAUGGUUUUCCCUCUCAAACAGCCAUUUUUCAUUUCUGACGAUAGUGAGCUUGAAUUAUUCAUGACCAGGAAUCAUGACCAAGCAAACCAUAAAUUUUGGUACGAGUGGUCAGUAAGUUCGUUCGUCUAUCUGGUUAUGGCCGAAAACAAGGUACGUUCUGCGCAAUCCGCAACUCAGGGAGCUAGUAAUGCGGCGUUACAAACAACUCAAAAUCCUAAUGAUCGCUUUGCGUUACCUCCUGCCCUAGAAAUCCACAAGGGCUUCGAUCAAUUCCAGUCCACUUCCAACAACCAGCCAGAUGAAAGUCAGCACACAAUGAGUGAAGAGUACGAUAUGUUCGAAAACUCAGGAAGUGAAAAUGGAUUUAUGGACGGGCAUGGUGGAUGGAAGAGCGUGCACGACAUACAUGGAAUCGGCUCUAAAAAUACUCCGGUCUUUGACUUGCAGCAAUCGUCCCAGAUCUCUAUAGACCAAAGUCCAACGUUCGAAGAAUUACACGUUAGGGUGAGAACAGGUUCCACAGAAAUGCAAAACGUUGCAGGCAAGUUUUCUUGGAUAAAUUUGAGAUAG